AUGUUCGAAAUUCUCUGUACCUGCGUGGUAAUCUUAUAUUUACUUUAUUAUUAUUUGACCGCUGAUUUUGACUAUUGGACAUCAUGCGGGAUCAAUGGACCGAAACCCAUUCCGUUCUUCGGCAACAUUGUCGAAUUUUUAAUGGGCAAGAAAAACCUGAACGAUUUUUUCAAAGAAAUUUAUGACCGAUAUCCGAAAGAAUCCAUGGUGGGAGUAUUUUUGAGAGGAAACCCUGCGCUCGUCAUAAAAGAUCCAGAAUAUAUCAAACAGGUGUUGAUCAAGGAUUUCACCAUCUUUGCCGAACGACAUUCACAUGUUUAUGAAAAGGCCGUUAGAUGGCGAUCAUUAAGAACGAGGCUUUCGCCCAUCUUCACGACCGGGAAGUUGAAGGACAUGUUUCACUUGUUGCUGAACUGUUCCGACCACUUCGAGAAGUAUCUAGAUGAGAUAGUAUCUAAAGACAGUAUUGUCGAGUGCCGACAUCUGACAUCUAAAUUCACUAUUGACGUGAUCGGAUCGUGCGUUUUCGGUCUCGAGAUGAACGCAUUGAAAGAAGAGAAUAAUCAGUUUCAGCGUAUGGGCCGUAAGAUAUUUCGCUCUACUCCAAAAGUCAUGAUUAGAAAUACACUUAAAGAAAUACCGUGGUUCUACAAGAAUUUCGGAUAUUUCUUUGACGAUCAUGACGUGACCAAAUUCAUGACAGAUAUUACCCGAGAAACUAUAGAAUACAGGAAGCGGAACAAUGUGCAUCGAAACGAUUUCAUCAAUGUACUUAUCGACCUCAAAGAUAAUCCUGGCAAAUUGGGCGUUAAUAAUGUAACGGAUGAAUUCAUUGCUGCCCAAUUGUUCGUAUUUUUCGCGGCUGGUUUCGAGACAUCUUCUAUUACGAUGUCUCUUGCAAUGUAUGAACUAGCGCAGAAUCAAUCAAUUCAAGAAAAAGUUCGAAAGGAGAUUAAAGAAGUCCUUGACAGUACUGACGGAGUAAUAUUAUAUGAUAACAUCAAGAAAAUGAACUAUUUGGAAAAGAUUUAUCAAGAGGUUCUUAGGAAAUAUCCACCAGUAACGUUUCUAAUGAGGCAACCUACAAAGAAUUAUACUUUCGAGGGGACUAAGAUCACUCUACGAAAAGGGCAAGUUGUGAUUAUACCCAAUUAUGCUAUUCAACAUGAUCCGAAUAUUUAUCCAGAUCCGGAAGUUUUUGAUCCUGAACGAUUUAGCGAGGAAAAUGUAAAACAGAGGAAUCCUAUGUAUUAUUUACCUUUCGGAGAUGGUCCAAGAAAUUGUAUUGGUAAAAGAUUUGCCACUAAUCAGACCAAGGUUGGUUUAAUUAAAGUGCUGAUGAAUCAUAAAAUAGAUGUUUGUGAAAUGACUCAGAUUCCACUUAUCCAUAGUCCAUGGACCAAUUUCUUGUUCCAAAUAACUCAUGGCGUAUAUGUAAAAUUGACCAAACUCGACUAAUAUAUAAUUUGUAAGUAUUGUAUGCUACAUGUAUACCUGUACAUUUAUAAGUUAAUCAAACAAUACAAAAUGACAUUAUGUAUUCCAUUGUAACGUUUAUGUAAUAUUCAUAGUACACAUUUACACUACAUAUUAAUGUAGGUUAACUUUACUCUCAGU